GUGUGCAGGAACCGGGCAGGGAGACUUAAUGCGCACAGAGGAGCUGUGACCUGCCUAAGGUCACACAGCAACUUAGAGACCCAGCCCUACCACUCCUCCUGUGGCGUCCCCUCUCUCGCCCCCGCCCCGCCCGUGGGCCCCCACCCGCUACCUGGCUAUGGACGGAAAGGUGGAAGUCCAUGAGGACGUGCCUCCGCUGGUCUCCUGGGUCCCUGAGCAGGGAGAGAAGUCGGACCUGGAAGGCGAGGACCAGGUGAAGGAGCGGGGCCAAUGGACCAGCAAGAUGGAGUUUGUGCUGUCAGUGGCCGGGGAGAUCAUUGGGCUGGGCAAUGUCUGGAGGUUCCCUUAUCUCUGCUACAAAAACGGGGGAGGAGCCUUCUUCAUCCCUUACUUCAUCUUCUUCUUCACCUGCGGCAUCCCGGUGUUCUUCCUGGAGGUGGCCUUGGGCCAGUACACCAGCCAAGGCAGCGUCACAGCCUGGAGGAAGAUCUGCCCCCUCUUCCAGGGCAUCGGCCUGGCGUCCGUGGUCAUCGAAUCCUAUCUGAACGUCUACUACAUCAUCAUCCUCGCCUGGGCCCUCUUCUACCUGUUCAGCUCCUUCACCUCCCAGCUGCCCUGGACGACCUGCACCAACUUCUGGAACACAGCAGAGCAUUGUGUGGACUUUCUGAACCACUCGGGAGCCAGCACAGCGAUCCCCGCUGAGAAUGUCACCUCGCCCGUCAUGGAAUUCUGGGAGAGGCGCGUCCUGGGCAUCACCUCGGGCAUCCAUGACCUGGGUGCCCUGCGCUGGGAGCUGGCGCUGUGCCUCCUGCUGGCCUGGGUCGUCUGCUACUUCUGCAUCUGGAAGGGCGUCAAGUCCACGGGCAAGGUGGUGUACUUCACGGCCACGUUCCCCUACCUGAUGCUGGUCGUCCUCCUGGUCCGCGGCGUCACCCUGCCCGGAGCCUACACGGGCAUCGUCUAUUACCUGAAGCCGGAUUUGUUUCGCCUCAAGGACCCCCAG